CUUUAGUGUUACUUUGACUCCAAGAGAGGUUGGUUCGCAUGAGCAGCGCGCGUACGAACUUAAAUCAGUUAUUCGUGAGAGUCCGGUGUAAACAGUGACUGUGAUAUGAUCGUUUAUUAACUGCAAAUGCGUUUUAAACCUAAUGAGUUUUUCCAAGCGGUGAAAUGGUCAGGCUAAAACAAUAAAAAAAGAAAAAAAAAUAGUUUCCAGUAUUUUCGCGAUGUGGCUGGAACUGGUGUUGAAUUUGAUGUUUUUGGCGACUUGUUUGUCCGCAACUCGAUACGAUGGUCCCGAGGGUUGCACCUGGUUACCGGAUAACAACGAUACGUCUUCAUCAAAGUUCAGCGUGACGUGCAGAGUGAGGACUUUGGAUGGCACCGGCACCAACAUCAGUGCUUUGCCCGCCGAAAUCACUUCAAAAUUGCGUUUGUUAUGCAGUGAGGUGUUGUUCUUCGAAAGCGCGCUUCCGACACAAGGACUGCAACGUCUCCACGAACUCGAAGAGUUACAAAUUACCAAUUGCAAACUCCUCAACAUCGACGCGGAUUCGUUUGAGGGCUUGUACAAUGUGAAGAGGUUGGCAAUUAACACGUUCAAUUCGGAAUGGAGUUCGAGUAAGACCCUUGAUAUCAACGCCGACAGUUUGAACGGACUCAAAGAACUACAAAUCCUGGAUCUGGCCAAUAAUAAUAUCCGGGCUGUCGUCGAUGGCACUUUCUGUUCGCUCGCAAAUCUGCAAACUCUCAAUUUGACGAGGAAUCGAAUUAAAAGUCCGGAACGAUUUGGUUUUAAUUUACCGGAGUGCAGUAACAGUGAAUUGCAAAAUCUCGAUUUGUCAUACAAUGAGUUGAGAGCGUUGACUGAGAACUCUGGUUUUUCACGGCUUCGGCGACUGCAACAGCUCGACUUGAAGAACAACAACAUCAGCGACAUUUCCGGUGAGGCCCUCGCCGGAUUAGUGUCUCUCAGAAUGUUGAAUUUGGCAAAUAACAAAAUUGAGAGCCUUCCUGAAGGGUUGUUUGCUGGUUCACGUGAAUUACGUGAGAUUCAUCUUCAAAAUAAUUCCCUCUUUUCGUUGGCCAAAGGGCUGUUUCAUCGGUUAGAGCAAUUGCUGAUUCUUGAUUUGUCGGGAAAUCAGCUGACAAGUAAUCAUGUCGAUGCAGGAACUUUCGCUGGUCUUAUUCGUUUGAUUGUUUUGAAUUUGUCUCACAAUGCUUUGACUCGCAUUGACAGCAAAACUUUCAAAGAUUUGUAUUUUCUUCAAAUAUUGGAUUUGAGAAAUAACUCAAUCGGUUUUAUCGAGGACAACGCUUUUAUUCCUCUCUACAAUUUGCAUACUUUAAAUCUCGCUGAAAAUCGUCUUAACACCAUUGGUCCAUUAUUAUUCAACGGUUUGUUCGUUCUUAGUAAACUCACUCUAAACAAUAAUUUGGUGGUUAGCAUCGAUUCAACAGCAUUCCGUAAUUGUUCGGCUUUGAAAGAACUCGAUCUGAGUUCGAAUGCUCUUCAGGAAGUGCCUGACGCGUUGAAAGAACUUUCCUUCUUGAAAACGUUGGAUUUAGGCGAAAAUCAGAUUAGUGACUUUCGAAAUGGUUCUUUUAAAAAUUUGAAUCAACUGACCGGUUUAAGACUCAUCGAUAACAACAUUGGGAAUUUAACCCGGGGGAUGUUGUGGGAUUUGCCGAGCUUACAAGUGCUUAAUCUCGCCAAAAACAAAAUUCAAAGUAUCGAAAGAGGAACUUUUGAUAGAAACACCCAACUAGAAGCUAUCCGCCUCGACGAGAAUUUCCUAACAGACAUUAACGGUGUGUUCGCGACUCUCGCGAGUUUGUUGUGGUUGAACUUGUCCGAUAAUCACUUAGUGUGGUUCGAUUACGCUUUUAUUCCCAGUAACCUCAAAUGGUUGGACAUUCAUCGCAAUUUCAUCGAACACCUCGGUAAUUAUUACAAAAUCCAAGACGAAAUCCGAGUGAAAACUCUCGAUGCUAGUCAUAACCGCAUUACUGAAAUUUCACCGAUGUCGAUUCCCAACAGCGUUGAGCUUUUGUUUAUCAACAAUAAUUUUAUAAAAAUUGUGCAUCCAAAUACGUUCCUGGACAAAACUAGUCUGGCCCGCGUGGACAUGUAUGCCAAUGAUUUAGUAAAUCUGGACAUGAACGCGUUGAGGCUGUCGCCGGUGCCGCCGAACCGGUCUCUGCCUGAAAUCUACCUGGGUGGCAACCCCUUUCACUGCGACUGCACCAUGGAAUGGCUGCACCCGGUCAACAACAUGUCUGCUUCCAGGCAAUACCCCCGGGUGAUGGACCUCGACAAUGUCAUGUGCAAAAUGACCCACUCGCGAGGUAUGGCCCACAUGUCUCUGACCCGAGCUAAAACUAGUGACUUUUUAUGCACUUACGAGACGCAUUGUUUCGCCCUUUGCCAUUGCUGUGACUUCGAUGCUUGUGAUUGCGAGAUGACGUGCCCCAAUAACUGUUCUUGCUACCACGACCAGACCUGGAACACCAACGUUGUUGACUGUUCGGGCCAGAACGCCAUCGAGAUCCCUCACAGAAUUCCGAUGGACGCCACCGAAGUGUAUCUUGACGGCAACGACUUCAGGGAACUGCAAAACCACGUUUUUAUCGGUCGGAAAAAUAUGCGAGUGUUGUUCGUUAAUAAUAGUGGAAUCGAAACGAUUCAGAAUAGUACUUUUAACGGUCUCCACACAUUGCAGACUUUACAUCUUGAGGACAAUAAAAUUUAUGCGUUGGAGGGUUACGAAUUCGAGCAUUUGUCGAAUUUGAAAGAACUCUAUCUGCAGAAUAAUGUGAUUUCGAGCAUCGGGAAUAAAACUCUGGAGCCGUUAAAGAGUUUGGAGAUUUUGCGAUUGGACGGUAAUAAAUUAGUGGUGUUUCCGGUGUGGCAAUUGUCAUCGAACUCCCACUUGACCGAGAUAAGUUUAGCCAAUAAUCGCUGGUCGUGCCGCUGCAAAUUCCUGCAGGAGUUUACCGCUUGGGUUGGUGAUAAUGCCCCGAAAGUCGUCGAUAGUGCCGCGAUUCAGUGUUACAACGGAGAGGUAACGCCGCCUCAGCGUCGCGACCUUGACUUCAACAGCACCGCGUGCAGUGACUUUUACGCCGGAAGUUCCGUUAUAGACUCGAUGUUAGUUUCGGACUAUUGGAAAAUGGUUGUAGUGACUUUAUGCAUUGUGAUUUUGUUACUCUUGGGCGUCGUUCUUUGGUUCGUGUUUCGUGAUCCUGUUCGCGUCUGGCUUUACUCGCGUUACGGAAUAAGACUAUGUAGUUUUCGGGCAGCCGCCGCCAAACAAUACGAAGACAGAGACAAAUUGUACGACGCUUUCGUGUGUUACAGUCCCAAAGACGAAGAGUGGGUUGUCCAGGCGUUGGCCGCCGAAUUAGAGUCAAACUUUCAGCUCUGUCUCCACUACCGAGACUUACCACACGCCGCCUACCUGCAGCAUGCUGCACCCGCCGUCCUUGAGGCAGCGGAAGCCAGCCGAAGAGUCUUAAUCAUUCUCACUCGCAAUUUCCUUCAAACUGAAUGGUCCCGUUUUGAGCUACGUCAAGCCUUGCACGAAGCGCUCAAAGGGCGGGUGUUUAAGUUGGUUAUCUUGGAAGAAGGUCCCCUCCCCGAGGCUGAACUCGAUCCCGAGCUCAGGCCCUAUUUAAAGACUGGAAAUAGAGUACGAUGGGGUGAAAAGCGAUUUUGGGAGAAGCUGAGAUACGCGAUGCCUUCAGGUGAACCGAGAGGGAAGAUUAACGCCAAUUACCGAAGAAACAUCAACAAUUACACAAUCGAUUCGAGGGUUGUAGCAAACGGAACUCAUAGCCAUACAUAUCCAGAGAAGAUUAAGACUCAGGGACCUCCUUCUCCCGGCAUGCAGAUGUUCCCGCCGCCGGCAUAUUCUGCCGGGGCACCGCACGAAGCAGAUGAUGCGAAUUACUCCUCGGCGACGACGGCUACGCCUUCUCCUAGACCCAUGAGACGGGCGCAAGAACCUAGGCCCAUCUCUGAUCACAUUUACUCCAGUAUCGAUUCCGAUUACAGCACCCUAGAACGUGGGGGGUCCGGCAGGAGAGGGCCUCCAUGGAGACCCCACGUUAUGAUGCAGACUGCAGGCGUUAACAACGGCGGCCAGGCCUAUCUCGUGUGAUAACUUAAUUGACUGACUAGGUAUACAUAAAGACUCGAACUGAACAAUAUUUAAAAUUAUAAUGAUGAAAACUUGAGUCGAAAACGUGUAAUUUUAUUGUUUGUAUUAUUUUUGUACAUUACUUGUAAAUAGAUCAAAUAUUUAUUUGUUUA